CCGACUUCCGCUUCCUCUUGGCUCUGGCUUGGGGGACGGGGUGGGGGGGGGCCGGUAUAGAGAUUCCAGUGUCCCGGGGAGGUCAGGAUUCCUGUCAGGCAUGGCACAUGGACAUGAGCAUGGACAUGGUCAUGGAAAAAUUGAACUCCCUGAUUACAAACAGUGGAAGAUAGAAGGAACACCACUACAGCGAGUCCAGGAGAGGUUGGCUAAGCAAGGUCUCAGGGAUCCAUGGGCCCGCAAUGAAGCUUGGCGAUACAUGGGUCAUUAUGGAAAACCUGUUACUUUGUGGGCUGCUUUGACAAGAGGAUUCAAAUGGGGUUUUGGAGCAUUUUUAUUAGCUGUCGGAGUGGAAUAUUUCCUAACUGCACCAAAGAAUGAGGAGGAACAUGCUUCUAAACACUAAAGUUAAGACGUAGAGGAAUCAGAGCUAGUUAUUUAGAGUGAAUGUUUGCUGUUCUGUAGUUUGCUUCCUUGCCAUGUUAAAGAUUAAUAUUAAAAUUUCACUUGGUAAAAGAACCUAUAUGCCUGGUUUUGUCAUGGUAUCCAAAUAUAUAACAUACAAAUCUAUAUCAGUUUGGAUCAGAGUGCUUAAGGUAGUAUAUACUACUAGGUAUGUUCUCUGAUAUUUUUGUGAAAGUUGAUCAUGGUUCUUUUGCCAUUAUCACAAGAUGAAAGUUUAUAAGUUAUGUAUAUGGGACAAAUUCUAUUACAAAUUCUUCACUACAUAA